AUUGGGAGGAAGCACUUUUCGAUUUCGUUGGGCCACCAGGAAAGGCACUUCCCCCACUGAAGGGUUAAAAUGAGUGCCCCAUUGGUUCCCAGCAAGUCAUGUUAUACUCAGGUGCAAGACAACAGAAAUGGAGUGAAAAACAAUAAUGAAAGCAACGCAAGCCUGGGAGAUACAAAUGCCAACCAAGUCACAUCAGAGGUGAGCCCCUCUGUUGGUGAGACCAAGAGAUGUGGUCUUGUAGAAGAAAUGGGAAAUGGAAACUUAGGUGGGUCAGAGACUAUCACCCAGCUUCACAAGGAGUUUCACCAACUUCAGGGAUAUGGUAAAGAGGCCCAGAGAGGACACAUCAGCGUGAAGGAGUUUAAGAUUGCUUCUACUACUCUGCUCAGGGAUCUGAGUGAAGAGUACAUGACAGAGGAAGCUGUUGAUAUCACAUCGAUUCCUCAGCUGAUCCAGGGACCGGAGCUAUCCAGUCUGAAAAGUGUUGUGCAUGGGGCCCAUCCAGAGGUUCUUGCUAUAAGUGAUGCUGACAUUAUCCAGCAUGUGUCUAGGGAGAAACUGGCCAAAACCCAGGGUAGCAAAGAACUGAAAAGGCAUUCUUUGGAAAGAGCAAGCAGCUUUCCUGCUAAAAUGGAAGCAUUCACAAAAGAACAUGCCAGUAGCCUGGCUCAUAAACACUUCCAGCCUGCUUUGCUUGAUUCCAUUGAAACAUCAUCACAUCAUGUUGCUGGUGGUACAGAGAUAUCACAGACGACAUCGGCGGAUCACCUUCUAAGGGCAGUGUUUCAUCCAAAUGACAAUACCUCAGAGGAAAAGAUUGUGUUUUAUUCUAAACCAUCUACCUCAGAAACCAAGGAAACUGUUCUCCCAGAGACCCACGUGGAUGGGAGAAAUUCUCCGAAUAUCGGCGUUGAAAGCACACCCCUUCCUGCACACAGAGAUUCUCCUCUCAUUUUCACUGCAGCACCUGAGGGGAUCUUGAAUAAGCCAGAAGCACAAUUAGGUCAGGGAGAGGAGAGGCCCAAACUGGAAGUGAAAAAUGUACCGUCCUUGCAGCCUGAGACUGUUUGGGAGCAAAAAAUACUCCAGGUUGAAUGCCAAGAUUUGCCUAAGGUAGAAAGCAUGGCCACAUUGGAGAAGAGAGGAUGGAUUCAGGAAAAAGAGGGAGGAAGAGGCCCUCCCCUACCAGGUUCAUGUGAGGAAGCAGUGGAUCCUGUCAUAAGUCAAGCAACAACUUAUGUAGAUGGUGGUCAAGUCCUUUUGGAUUUGGGGAGAGGAAGUAGUGGCAAGGAGAAGAUAAGUACUCUCUGUGAUGAAGGUGCAGUAGCUACUGCCCAGAAACUGGGGUCCAUUCUCCCUGUUGCCUUAGGGACUGACAGUGAUCAGCUCAGUGGUGAAGGUAUCCUAACCACAGCUAAGUGCUUGGGUGAAGCUGUACUGGGUAGCCUUCCCAUAGUUGAAGGUCACGCAGCAUUUACUCCUGACAGUCUAGCUGAGAGCAAACCCUUGAAAGUUAAUGAGAAUAAAGGCAUAGUAGUUGGAGGAACCACCACAGUUUCAGCUCUGGACCCUUUGGGUCAAGCAAACAGUGAAACUGUAUCUGUUGAACAUCCCAUCCGUCAGGACAGUGGUUUAGAAGCCAUGAAGGAUCAUCAGGCUGCUGCCACUCCUGAAAAUAAACCCCUUCCUGAUGAAGCAGCCAGUGAAGUUGAGACAGUCGCAGGAGGAACGGCUGGUUCUCUUGGCGUCCCUAGACCAUUCCAGGUAGUGACAGCUGUAGAUACAAACCACCAGCCCACAUCAUCCAACAGUAAUCUGAAGGAACUUUCCCCAUUUCACAAUGACACGGUGUCAUCUUCCACCAUCCUACCUCCCGUUGACAGUGCACAGUUACUGAACAUAUCUUCUAAAGUGCCUAAUAAGACUGCUUGCAACAGUGGGAUUCCCAAGCCAAUCUUGGUGCAUUCCAAGGACUCUCUUCCCAACCAGGGAGAGAUUGAGAGUGACUUUGUUGAGAAACCUGAAGAAAAGAUGGAAACAGAGCCCAUUAUCAUACCUAAACCCAAACAUGUGAGACCCAAAAUCAUCACUUAUAUCAGGAGGAAUCCUCAGGCCCUUGGCCAGGUGGAUACUUCACUGGUCCCAGUGGGGCUUCCUUAUGCCACUCCAUCAUGUGGCAUGCCCCUGUCAAAAGAUCAGAAGACGUCAAGUGGUGACCUCAAACCAGCCACUAACCUCUAUGAAAAAUUCAAACCAGACUUACAGAAACCACGAAUCUUCAGUUCCGGAUUGAUGGUAUCCGGGAUCAGGCCUCCAGGACAUCAUUUUAGUCAAAUGAGUGAAAAGUUUUUGCAGGAGGUUACAGACAGACCUGGAAAAGAAGAAUUUUGUUCACCCCCAUAUACCCACUAUGAAGUCCCUCCUACUUUUUACCGAUCUGCCAUGCUUCUUAAACCCCAGUUGGGAUUGGGCGCAAUGUCCCGGCUGCCAUCUGCUAAGAGCAGGAUUCUGAUUGCAAGUCAGAGGUCUUCGGGUACUUCUCUUCAUCCACCAGGACCAAUUGCAAAUGCUACCAAUCUCUAUCAUUCUGAUCCUUCAGCUGAUUUGAAGAAAGCCUCCAGUUCAAACGCUGCGAGAGCCAGCCUUCCCAAAUCUGGACUUCGCCCUCCUGGAUAUUCCCGUCUCCCAGCAGCUAAACUGGCAGCGUUUGGUUUCGUCAGGAGCUCCAGCAUCUCUUCUGCCUCCAGCAACCAGUCAGCGGACAGUGUCCAAAGCGAUCAGAACAAAACAGCCCACCGUUCCAGCUUUGUAAAUGAAGAUCAGCCUACUCCAAAGGCAGCCGCGCUUUCUAAAGAUGCACCCAAGGGGACCGGUAGGACCACAGCACAAGCAGCCAACAUCGUCACCACUCCCCGCCGGAGUUUGCUUCCUGCACCGAAACCAACUUCCACUCCAGCUGGAUCAAAAAAGGAAGUGCAGAAAGAUCAAGAAGCAAAUAAACCUGCUGUUUCAUCACCUAAAAGACUGGCAGCUUCAACUACGAAACUUCACUCACCAGGAUACCCAAAACAAAGAGCUGCCGUUCCAAGAAAUGGGUUUGCCACCAAACCAGAUCUCCAGGCCCGGGAGGCAGAAAGACAAUUUGUUCAGCGACUGAAGGAUAAGUGUGAAGAACAAUCCAAGCAGCUCAGCUACGUUCAGGGAGAACUGAAGAGGGCCAUUCGAGGCUUUGAAGUUUUUGCUGUAUCUACUCAACAUUUCUUUGGGAAGAAUGAAAGUGCCCUUGUGAAAGAAAAAGAGCUGUCAAUCGAACUUGCAAACAUCAGGGAUGAAGUUGCCUUCAAUACAGCAAAAUGUGAGAAACUACAAAAAGAGAAAGAGGAUCUGGAGAGAAGGUUUGAGGACGAGGUGAAGAGACUCCGUUGGCAGCAGCAGGCUGAACUCCAGGACCUGGAGGAAAGGCUGCAGCAGCACUACGUGGGAGAAGUGAAACGCUUACAGGAGGAACACCGGAUGCAGCUAAUGAGGCUCAAGUGUCAGCACCAGGAGCAGGUAGAAGACAUCUCAGCCACCCAUGAGGCUACCUUGUUAGAGAUGGAAAACAACCACUCUGUUGCCAUCGCUGUCCUCCAGGAUGACCACGAACACAAAGUUCAAGAGCUGAUGUCUGCCCACGACCUUGAAAAGAAGGAAUUGGAAGACAGUUUUGAAAAGCUGCGGUUGUCACUCCAGGACCAGGUUGACACACUCACGUUCCAGAGCCAUUCUCUCCGGGACCGAGCUAAACGAUUCGAGGAGGCUUUGAGAAGAAAUACGGAGGAGCAAUUGGAGGUUGCCCUAGCUCCCUACCAGCACUUGGAAGAAGACAUGAACAGUCUGAAGCAAGUCCUAGAGAUGAAGAAUCAACAAAUCCACCAACAGGAAAAGAAGAUUAUCGAGCUGGAAAAGCUGGCUGAAAAGAAUAUUAUCCUAGAAGAAAAAAUCCAAGUGCUCCAACAGCAAAAUGAAGACCUCAAAGCAAGAAUUGACCAGAACACUGUUGUUACAAGGCAGUUAUCAGAGGAAAAUGCUAACCUUCAGGAGUAUGUGGAAAAAGAAACGAAGGAGAAGAAGAGAUUAAGUAGAACCAAUGAGGAGCUGCUUUGGAAACUCCAGACUGGGGACCCCACCAGCCCAAUUAAACUCUCCCCCACUUCCCCCAUUUACCGCUCUUCCUCGGGGCCUCCAUCGCCAGCCAAGAUGAGCACGGCUCCGAGAUGACAGCGCCUCGCCCUCCACGCAGCCUGCAGAUGCCCUCCAGCUUCUCGGAUCCCCUGAGGGUGUACAUCCUAAGAGAGUGUUAACGGGAGUAGGUGAUACCCGAGGUCUGCUACUGCCUGCAUGCUUGGUAGUGGCAUUCCUGUGUCCUAGACGGCGUGCUCUUCUCAUUCCAGUGUAAGAAGUUUUUGGUCUUGGCCCUCCGAUGUCCUCGAAAAAUGUAACCCUUGUAGUCUGGUGUGCAAACUUUUUUUUAAUUAUAGUUAGAGCCAAAAGACAGAAAGCUCUAAUGACUGUCCUUCUAAGGUGAACUUUCACUGCAGUAUUUCAGGUUAGUUACAAACAGCUCGAUUUGGAAUAGACCCUCGUGUAUGUACCACACCAACACGUGUGUAUCUCUAGACGUGUAUACAGAUAUCCUUGCAGCUGUUCUGAAUUGCAUUUUUUAUAACGCUAAGUGCUGAUAUAUUUUAAUGAUAGUCAGCAAUUUUCUAACUUGUGCCUAAGAAUUAUAACUAAAUUAGAUGCAUUUCUGUCUAGCCUCCCAGGAAUAUUUCUACCCAAAAUAGAAAAAGAAAAAAAAAAAGAAGCGCCUUCAGCCAACCACCGAGUGGUAACCCUAUUUAACAUGAACACCAGCGAUCUGUGAUACGGUAACUACCUUCACAACAAUCAGCUUCUUAUUCCACUUGUUAUGAGAUCACUAUUAUUCCAUUUGCAGAUUUUAAUUAUUAGUAUCCUUGCCGUCAGUUGAUGAGGGACAGCAGCAAGAAACCCUGAGGGUUUGUGGCAGUUUCUCAGAUAUUUUUCAUGACAGUGACUCAUAUGUAUUCUCCUAAACACAAGUCUUUACUUUGUUCCUAAAUGACAUUUCAGAAGCAAUCAGCAAGCUAGAAUGCAUUCAGAGAAAUGCGGUGGUCCUUCCAGAAUGAAGAUGAGAAAGACCACAGCAGGGACCAAGGCAUAUUUGGUUCCCAUCUCAAAAGGCUUCUCUUAGAAUCGACAUUUCCCUUAGAACAAAGUGCUCAGGCUGGCCCCGGCCUUUUGAUUUGAUUUGGUCCAGCUUCCCACAGUCCUCUGGAAAGAAGCUUGAAAACGGAUAAACUACAUAAUGCUACUUUAGGUCCCCCACGCUAGAGGCCACUGUCCUAACUACCCCACAUCUGGACUACCUGUGGGGAAGGGGAUGUCAGCAACUUCCUGAGAACUGGCCAGCCCAGAUGGAUCAAGCCCUGAGCCUUGCUAGAUCAUCACAUGGGGACCCACAGAUACAGCUAUAUCUUAUUUGGUGAUGAGCCCUCAAAGCAGCUGAUGAUGGUCUUCUCUGCGUUGGUCUGGCCAGUUCUCCCAGAGGGAACCACAGAGUCAACAACCAGAGUUGACUGUUUGUUCUCUGUUGUUUGCCCAAGUGGGCCAGGUUAAGCCACCUGCCUACCCCAGUGUUUUAUCUGGGGCAAUAGAACAGAAUGUGAAAGAUGUUCUGUGGUGUGGUGGCAGGUUAGGAGCAUGGCUAACAAAAGGAAAAAUAAUUAGUUUUGAAAGAUGUGAUGAUGGUGAUGAUGAUGAUGGUGGUGGUGGUGGUGGUGGUGGUGGUAACGAUGCCAUUAUUUUGUGUUUGUGGCAAGGGCCCUACAUGUUCCUCACCCCACCCCGGAGCCUUUUCCCUGUGCCACGCUCUGAGCAAGCUUGAUGCAAGAACACCAGUGCCCAAAGCAGACAGGUUCAGAGAAAAAGGAGGCCAAGAAAAGGCACAGGGAGAAUCGUUGAGGUGCCCCACGGGUCGUGCACACGCAGCUGGGUGUAGAUGUGCUGCUAGCAGACGCGUCUGGUACAGGUAGCUGUAUGGGUAACUCAGAUACUGGCACGGCUAGUUUCCAGCAGACCUCCAAGUGUCUCUUGCCCACUCCAGGACAUGAAAAUUAGGUUAAGGCUUAAGAAACAUUUAUUUUUCUUUUAGUGGCAUUGCAUGAGGCUGUGAUAUUGAGUACAUUGGGCAUUCUGUUAGAAUAGAUUAUGCCAUAUUGACUAAGAGUUUUGAAACACAUGACUAGAUGUAAUUUACUUAGCAAGUACAACCUGCAGGUAUACGCACAUCCCUGGGCAUAGUUCCUUAUUACAGCAAUUUCCACUUUGCACUUGCUAAAUGCAGCUUCCCCCGGCAAUACAUGUUUCAGUGUUACGUUAGGUUACGUGAUGAUGCGGUGUGUUAGAACAGUUAGAGUGGUAGCCGUGUUAGAACAAAGUCUCUUACUGGACUGACUAGAGCUUUAGACCGAUCUGACUUUGGCCAGCUGAGUGAGCCAGAUGUGGCCCUGGCUUUGUCUGGACUUUGUCGUCCCCCUUCAGUCAUGGUGCUCCAUGCUUCCCCUCACCUCUGCUGAAAGACGUGUAAGCAACAGCUGCUUCCCCUCCUAGCUCACAGAGAACUCAGGCCUCCCUGAAAAGGAAAGGCUUUCCUCUCAUUCCUUUCAUCCAUCUGGACCUCUCUAUUCAUCAUCCUGUGCAAGGCAGCAGCUCUGGCUCCCAAUCUACCCGCUAGCCCUGAAAUACUCCCUACAUCCUUCUCACUCCCUUCCACCAGCCAGGUCCAUUUCUGACUACCUUGGACCUCUUCACCAGACUGGGGCUGGGCUCUAACUGAUCAGUAAGGCUGUGUACAAAAGCUUGGCCCCAAGAAGUGUGUGUGUGUGUGGGGGGGGCGGUUAAUGUGGGUGUGCACACGCACGCACGCACACACACGUGUGUGCAGAGGUAGUGAUUACCAUGGGGCCUUUGUGGGAUUUGUGACAUCCUAUUAUUAGAUUUUACAACAUUGUCCCUGUCUUUCCUAAAAGCACUCCAUAGCACUUAAAGUGAAUUGAAACUGUCCUGUAGGGAUCGUAAAAUACCCUUUGAGAUAAUUAGAGACCCUUCCCCUGAACUAGGCGUUAUAAAGCUAAUCCUGAGAAACAGUGUUUUAGAAAUAAGGAAGGAGCUGUUUUUGCAUGGGAAUUCUUGCUAUUUCUACCAACUUAUUCACCUAAUUAGCCCCCUAAAAUCUCCUUGCCUCUGCAGGGUAAGGUUUCUUAAUCUUCAUUCCCAUCACGGUCAUGGGUCCUCUGUAGGCAACUCAUGACACCCUGGAGAGCAGAGCUGUUCUGCUCCGGGAAGUUAGUGAUGAGCCGUGUCCUGGUCAGUCAGAAUGAGAGAAGUUGUGCAUCAAUAGAAAAGGAGCAGCGGGAGAUUCAUGAUGAAUUUCUGCAGUCAUAUGUUUUUUUAACACCCUUUGUUUUCAAAUCAAAGCUGAUUGAGAGAACUCCCUUCAGCACAUGCCCCUCGAUUCACUCAGAAUAGAUUCUGCGAUUGGAAGAGGAGGACUUCCAGUCCACAGGCCAAGCAGAGAGCUGGCUUAUUGACUGCUGCCUCUAGUAACUGGUCACCGGACCCAUUCCCUGACAAGGGCCUAGCGAGAGCUAGAGGACUCUUUGCACUCUGCAACUACAGUUUUGAGUCAAAUGUCAGAGUUCUUCCCUCGAAGUAAAUAAGCUUAAACCUUAACAUGCAAGGUGAGAAUCUUCAUUCCUCCUGAGAGUCACUGUCGGGAGCAUCAUCAGUGAACCCAGAAGGCUCAUCUAUAUUGCUACUUACCCCCCAAGGUAGGGCUCCCUCCAUGGCAACCAGAUCCUUUGGUUUGGCCAUCCCAAAAAUUAUAUGAAGUGUAGGAAAACUAAGCAUAAGUCUUCCAAUUACUUUUGAAGGAUUCCUUGUUUAUUUGUUUUUGCAGGGGUGUGAGUUUAUAGGGGGUAACUUCUAUAUUACCUUUAGAGAAAACCUAUUUCCUUAAGACAGCUUUGAUAAUAGAGCAAAACAGGUGACCCUUCAGGACUUAUUAAAUGAAACCAUUGGUCAGUAGCGUUCUUCUGGAUUCCUGAAAGCUUAUCUGAUCCUCUCAUCUAUUCAGAUAAAAAGAAUGUACUUUUCCAAGCAUUAUAAAGUGGAAUCAGGAUUACAUUUGUUUGUAUGGUCAACACUGCUUUAUCCUCGGUGGUAAAUUUUGCUUUCAAUUUGAUUAACAUUUCCUUAAUUACUCUAAAAACACACCUAGACACUUUAUUGAUCAGCAGCCCUGCUAAUUAUUUUUUUUUCUUUUUGGAGUCCUCUUGAACAUAGAGCCCCUAAGAUCCUCAAUCAUCUCCCCAAUACUAAAAAAGGUCACGUCUACUUCAGUUGGCAGGAUGGGUUUGUUCAGAAGAGGAGCCGGUCAGCCUCCAGAUGGAGAGCGUUACAUAGGAAUCCAAACCAAUUUAGGCUGAAACAACUGAACAGCUUCCCAGCUGCUCCUUCUUCACAUCUCUUAUGUUGUUCUAUUAUUUUAAUUGAAGUCGGUUUUCCAGACAUGUCAUAUUAUUGCUCUAAACGACACACACACCCAAAGAUUCCCAAGCCAAACUUAAAUGCUUUGGGAAUCAUCCCAUGUUUCAGACUGUCCACACCUUUCUUGUCUUCCAUAACAAAAAGUGGACUCCACUACCCAAAGGAGUUUGAGAAAUGUGGAGACGACCCCAUAAACGUUUUUAAACACAACCUGAAACCCAACCAUAGACUUUUCUGAUCUGCAGCUUUUUCCUCCCUCCUCAUGUCCCAUUAGAUCUGAAAGGUCAAGUGGUUAAGAGCACCAGGGGAUGAACCUAGGAGGCAGAAGACAAUUUACCCCGUCCAUCAACAAAGCCUGAUUUUUGCUCUACCCACUCCACCCAGGGUUGCUCUCCUGCAGGACUGGACUCAGGGCUAUCCAGGACUUUGCAGUUUUGAAGGCUCCUGAUAGUUAUUUGUGAAGCCCCAGCCUGCCACUAUCUUGUUCUCCAGAUACAGAAACGGCAUUCUGUCCCAUUAGCCAUGGACAGCCACACAAACAGAAAACAAGCCCGUUAUGCAUAUGCUUAACACUUUUCAUUUUAUUUAAAUGUGUCUUGGCUGCUGGCCUAGAUGGGCUGUCUGACUGGUCUUUGCUUUGCUCCUCCCCUAUCAAUACUUUUAGGAAGGGAACUCAUGGAAAAAUGUUUCUUCCUUCCCCCUUUAUAAAAAUAGCUCAACCAGUCCUUGCAAAGCCCUGAGUCUAUUAGGAUUAGACAAGUGCCAGUGACGAGAUGUGUGAAAUGAUUCAUUGCAAAUGUCCACGUGGCACCCUAAGCUUCCUUUGCCUGUGGCCUUUUGAGUAGAGGCUUAGCCUGGCCAGGCCUUACUAUUCCCUUCAGAAAUAGGCCACAUUGAUCUAUUUCCUACUCUUCCUCACACUAUACGCUGUGCCCACGGAAUGCUGCUAAACUAGUAAUGGCUGGGGAAUGGUCAUCGGGCCCAGAGCCUGCAAGGCUGAAAACGGCCUGGGUCAUGAAGGGGCCCAUCGGAGCUCACGCCAUCACUACGAAUGCCAAACCUUCGGAGGCACCAAAGCUCAAGGUAGCCUUGAAUCUGACAGACACAGCCAAAAGACUGAACGCUCCAGAAAUGGGGGGCUUCUCAAAUAUUCAUCAUGUCCACACCACCAAUGGUUGGGUUUUUAUUGUGGUUUAAUUGUAAAUUCCAGAAGCUCGCCAUUAGGCCUUCAGGCUGCCUGGAAAGGGAAGGGUUACAGCCCACCUGGGCCACUGGAUGGCACUGUUGUCUAUAGGAUUGCAACCACAUGCUUGUUUUCUGGCCUCCAUUCAGAUCCCCAAUACUCCAGAUGCUCAAUCCAUCCCUUCCACCCCACUCACCAACAGUUGUCUUCCUCAGAAAUAAUCCAGUGUAAACCUGACUCCUUGAAUGGUUAUAGGAACCAUGAAAUAUAUCCUUUAGUUCAGGGGCAUAGGGUAGAGAUUCUUUCUCCUUUUUGACUUCCUAAUUAAAUUCCUCAUUGGGCUACAGGAUGCUGUGAGACCUACCCCCGCCCCUCCCCUCCCCGGCCUUUUUUUGUUUUUUAAUAUAUAUAUAGUUGAGUUUUAGGUAAAAAUAGUUCCUGCCUUUCACAGCAAGCUCACCGAAGACUAAAAAUGUCACCAGGUGUGUAGAAAUGAUUGGUUUCACUUUGGGGAGGGAGGGGACGGGUGGGGGAGUGAAAAUGAAAAUCAGGUAUUUGAUGUCUCUGCACUGAAUGCAUUUGUGUCCUGUGGACACAUUGCACAUCCCUAUGUAAAGGGUUGGGGUUUUUGUUUUUUUCCACCAUCUGAGUUAGUCUGAUUAAUUUGUGGUUGACAAAUUACACGAAGAGUUUGUAUUGAGUCCUGAUGUACAGAUAGGUGUAAUAUAUUCCUGAUAAUAAACACAUGCUCCAAAGCCUGUGGGAUGGAAGCAUGCAAACA